AUGAUCAUGGGCACUCCCAGAUCUGUCAACGCACUGGAUUUUCGCGAGCUGCCUGAAAUCUAUAUAAAUGACAGUGUCAUACCAUACGAGGACACUGUAAAAUAUCUCGGCAUUCACCUAUCAAGCAAUCUCUCAUGGGACACGCAUGUGAUAAAUGUGAUAAAGACCACGGCCAAAGUCUAUGCUUGCCUGCACCAGCUCAAGCUCUGCAGACAAUUGCUGCCGAUCCCGACCAGGAUAAGAUUGAUAGGGUCAUUGGUGAUUCCGCUGUACGAUUACUGCAGCUCUGCGCUUACUGACAUCUCUGGCAAGCAGAAUCUCCGCCUUCAAAAAUCGCUCAACUCCUGUGUUCGAUUUAUCUACCAGGCUAAGAGAGAUGAACACAUAACACCUUAUUUUGAGAGGUUGCAUUGGCUUAAGAUCAAAACAAGGCACCUCUAUUUUGUCGGGUGUCUUACCUUCUUACUGUUGAACGGAAGCAUACCUGGUGCUGCUUUUUGUGAUUUUGAGCGGAGAAUGGAUGUAACGCGGAGGGAAGCGAGGGCCUCUGGGGAUGCUCUUGUCCUGCCGCUUUGCCGUACGGAGUUUUACAAGCGCUCCUUUAAGUGCUCCGCGGUGGAGUUUUGGAACGGGUUACCAUCCCACAUUAAAAAUGCGCCUUUCCUUGACACAUUCAAGCGCGGCCUUUACGGCCACUUACCUUGCAAUCAUUAG